AUGGAUUCCGGUGCUUCUAACGGCGGCGUCUCCCCUCGAACGUUUGCGAUGCAGCAUCAGCGGCCUAGGGCGAGUUUUCAGGGUUGCUCGCGAAUCACCGACUAUGAGCUCCUCGGCAAGCUGGGCGAGGGCACUUUCGGUGAGGUACAUCGCGCGAAAUCACGAAAGACAAACGCCCACGUUGCUCUCAAGAAAAUCAUCAUGCAUCAUGAGAAAGAUGGCUUCCCAAUAACGGCAUUACGCGAAAUCAAACUUUUGAAGUUGCUCUCCCAUAAGAACAUCCUACAGCUCGUAGACAUGGCUGUGGAGCAUCCUCAGAGAGCUAGUAAGUCGCUUAUGCUCAACUACCCGUCUCGCCAGCAGCAAUUCCUGACCCGGAUUGUCACAGGCGACAAGCGAAAACGGCCAAUCAUGUACAUGGCAACUCCGUACAUGGACCAUGAUCUAUCCGGUCUCCUUGAUAAUCCCUCUGUUCACUUCACUGAACCCCAGAUCAAAUGCUACAUGCUGCAGCUUCUCGAAGGGUUGCGAUACCUGCACGAAAACCAUAUACUGCAUAGGGAUAUGAAGGCCGCCAACCUUUUAAUCAACAACAAGGGCAUUCUCCAGAUUGCCGACUUUGGUCUGGCGAGACACUAUGAAGGGCCAACGCCGAAGCCGGGCCACGGCGCCGGUGAGGGUAAAAGAGAAUAUACCGGUUUGGUCGUCACUAGAUGGUACCGACCCCCCGAACUUUUGCUUCAUCUGAAGAAAUACACGACCGCAAUCGACGUCUGGGGUGUUGGCUGCGUCUUUGGCGAAAUGCUUGUUGGAAAGCCAAUUUUGGCUGGCGAGAGCGACACUCACCAACUUGACAUCAUUUGGGAUCUGAUGGGAUCGCCCACACCGGACAACAUGCCUCUGUUUAACACGCUUCCGGGCGCCGAAGCUGUUGUGCCGCGCCCGCGACCUGGCAGUUUGUCUAGCAGGUUUAGAGAGCACGGGACGGGUGCCAUUUCUUUGCUGAAGGAGCUCCUCAAACUCGAUUGGAGAAGUCGCAUCAACGCUGGAGACGCCCUCAAUCAUCCAUACUUCAAAAUGGCCCCUAUGCCAGCCGAGCCGGGCGAUCUCCCGACCUUUGAGGACAGUCACGAGCUAGAUAGGCGAAAGUUCCAUGACCGCCAAGCGAAACUGCCACCUGCACCAAAGGGGGGCACGGUGGGCAUGGGUCCCGAGGCGCAUGGCGCAAACGCCGGGUUCAACAACGCCGACGCUUACAACAACCGUAACGGUGUGAACGGAACCCGUCACCCUAACAUGCCCGGUGGCCACCGCAACGGGGACGAGCGUAGACCAGCUUGGCAGCGAGACAGAGGCUUGCCACCAAGACCGCCUCCACCCGAGUACGUCAACGGCGGCCCUUUGGACCGCGAUGCUUUCCGGGACAGAGAUCGGGACAGGCGGCCCAGGAGCAGAGGAGGUAGGGCGCCCGACGUGGACACCUACAUCCCGAGCUACAGGGACGAAGCCCCUCGACAUCGGGAAGAACGUCCUCCGCGCGACCGUCGUCGCAACAGUAGAGAUGAACGAUGGCAUGACAGAGACUGGGAUCGCAGAACGAGAAGCCGCAGUCGCUCACCGAUCAGAGAUCGCGAGCGAGAUCGGGACAUGUACCGCAGAUGA